AAUAUAUUGAGAUGUUGUCUAUGAUAGCCCUUUUAAAAUUCCAUCAGAGACAUGUUACCUGGAUAGUAUAUAAAUAUGUGUUCGUAAUGAAUACAUUACAUUUAGAAGAAAAAUAAUAGAAUAUAGAUUUAUGUCAAAUAUAUUUUACCUGGAAUGUCAAACAUAACAGAUAAAAGUUAGCCAAGUUACUUAGAAAUAGUUAACUCACCGACCAUAACAUCGACUUUGAAAAACUUUCUAAGAGGGAAACAAAAAGUGUAAAACUCCGUAUCAAGGAAUGGGCAGGUCAAUAAACAUCGUAAUUUCAACUAUUGUAUUGGCUGUCAAUGGAAUUGUGUUGAGAGCUGACGGUUUUGUAUUGAGUGAAAAGGAUAACAGUGCUGAGUUGUCUAACACGGAUUAUUCAAAGGAUACCAUGAUUGCAGACUUUAACAAACCUCCGACAUCAAUCCGGCACUUUGCUAGACACGGUUUAUGUAAUAGUUACGAGGGAAAACGAAAUAUGUAUGCUGCUAUGAAAACGAAGCUGUGUAAUAUAAGCUUAUCAAUGAUACAAAGUGUAGUGCUGGAUUUAUGUAGACGGAAGAAUCAUAUGCUGGACAAAUGGGUAGAAGAAUUAUUUGACAUUGAUGGCAAUGGAUACAUCUCCCAUUUUGAGAAACAUUUCUACCAUUGAAAUUAUCAAACGAGUGAUAAAAAAGUUGACGUACCACAAGUAAACAGUUCAGACCCAGAGGAGAGACACUGGUGAAUCGUCGUUAUCUUAAAUGAUACUCUUAAUAUUUCAUAUUUACCACUAAAUAUGUAAAAAAUAACUUAAAAUCGUCCAAUUGAUACAAAUAUAUCAACAAUAUACUAUAUUUAGCGAAUGCUUUUAUAGGAUGACAUAAAAAGCGAUAAAUGAAACAAAUAUAAAUUGAUAAAUAAUUAUUUGAACGGAAAACAUAUUUACAGUUACUUCGUUUUGAGUAUACAUGUGUUUACUUGAAUUAUCUUUUGCCUGUGGUGUCAGUAUGAUUGCAAAAGCAGUCACACGAAGAAAAUAUACAUUCCAAAUGGACUCUUUAUUUUAGAUCGAGCAUCCAUUAUAGAUGUUGUUUAACCGAGUGAACUUUUACAUUCACAAACUUAUUUCAAACAAUGUAGAAACAAAUAUGAGCGAUAUGUGAUACAUUCCUUUCUGACGUUUUAUCAAUGUUUUUAAUCGUAGGAUGUGCUGUGAAUUUAGGCUUUA